CUCAUUAGCACAGCGGAAGAUCAGUUCAACUCAAUUAAGCUUCAGUAUAAAACACACAAGAGACUGGAAAUUAAACAGCUGCACGGUUUGUUCUUUGUGUUUAAUCAGAGUUGUUAAUCUCCACCAUGUCUGGUCGCGGAAAGAAAAUCGUCGCUGCCCCUAAAGGCAAGACGUCCGUGUCGCGCUCGGCCCGCGCGGGUCUCCAGUUCCCGGUGGGUCGCAUCGCGCGUCUCCUGCGGAAGGGCAACUACGCGGCGAGAAUCGGCUCCGGGGCGGCGGUGUACCUGACGGCGGUCAUCGAGUACCUGUGCGCGGAGGUGCUGGAGCUGGCGGGCAACGCGAGCCGCGACAACAAGAAGCUGCGCAUCGCGCCGCGUCACAUCCAGUUGGCGGUGCGCAACGACGAGGAGCUGAACACGCUGCUGGGCGGCGUCACGAUCUCCGAAGGCGGCGUGCUGCCCAACAUCCAGGCGCAGCUGCUCCCGAAAAAGACCAAGGGCCCGCGGGACCCGGCGAACACCAGCAAAGAGGUCCAGUCGCAGGACUUCUGAUGCUCGGACUCUGAUUUUUGCACUUGACUGUUGAUGAUUUUUAACUUAAUAAACCUAGAGUUUUCUUAAA